UAUCUCAAAACAUUCAUUCAAUCAUCAAAAUGGAUUACUACUACACUAGUACCCUUUUCUUCCUUCUCUCUCUCCUUUGUUUUCAAAUCAAUGCUGUUGAUGAUCAUCAUAAUCUCCAAACCUACAUUAUCCAGCUUCACCCACAUGGAAUCACCACUCACUCUUCCAAACUCCAAUGGCAUCUUUCAAUCCUCCACCAAGCUCUUAAUUUCUUGUCAGAGGAGGAAUCGCCUUCUCGACUUUUAUACUCUUACGACUCCGCCAUCGAAGGAUUCUCCGCCCUUCUCUCCGAAAACGAGCUCGUGUCACUGCGAGAAUUGCAAGACGUCGUCGCUAUUAGACCCGAGACAAAAUUUCAAAUUCAAACCACUUACUCUUACAAAUUCUUAGGCCUUGAUGGAGUUUCAGGCGGUUGGGCUAGGUCCGGGCGAGGUUACGGAUCAAUUAUCGGUCUAUUGGAUACCGGAGUGUGGCCCGAGAGUCCAAGUUUCGACGACACCGGAAUGCCUCCGGUUCCAAAAAAAUGGCGCGGGACUUGCCAAUUCGGUCAAGAUUUCAACUCCUCAAACUGCAACCGAAAAAUCAUUGGCGCAAGAUAUUUUAGCAAAGGCCAUCUCGUGGCAUCGAACUCAUUGCAAAAAACACUAGACAAAGAGUAUAUGUCUGCCCGGGAUUCCCACGGGCACGGAUCCCACACCGCUUCAACUGCAGGAGGCUCGCCGGUUAACUCGGCGAGCGUUCUCGGGAAUGGUGCGGGCACAGCGUUAGGGAUGGCUCCCGGUGCCCAUAUUGCGAUAUACAAAGUUUGUUGGUCAACUGGUUGUUAUAGCUCCGACAUCUUGGCUGCAAUGGACUCCGCUAUUAAAGAUGGUGUUGACGUAUUAUCCCUCUCCCUCGGAGGCUUUCCGGUUCCACUUUACGAAGACACCAUCGCGAUUGGAAGCUUCCGAGCCAUGGAACAUGGGAUCAUAGUGGUUUGUGCAGCCGGAAACAAUGGCCCUUCCGAUAGCUCUAUUGCCAACGACGCUCCAUGGAUUGUAACCGUUGGAGCAAGCACUUUGGACAGAAGAUUUCCCGCCAUAGUCCGAACGGGCAACGGUAAAUAUAUUUACGGUGAAUCAAUCUAUCCCGGGAAAUCAAAUCCAACGGCCGAGAAAGAGUCGGAUCUCGUUUACCUGACGGAAGGGAACACCGGAAGCGAAUUCUGUGUAAAGGGUUCUCUCCCAAGAACAAGCGUUCUGAACAAAAUGGUGGUGUGCGAUCGCGGCAUAAACAGCCGAGCCGAAAAGGGUGAAGCGGUGAAAGAGGCAGGUGGGUUGGCGAUGAUCUUGGCAAACACUGCGAUCAAUUUGGAAGAAGAUUCAGUCGAUGCCCAUGUAAUACCAGCCACACUAAUCGGUUUCGAAGAAUCCCUUAAGCUAAAGAGCUACAUAAACUCGACUAUAAAUCCACGAGGAAGAAUCAUAUUCGGAGGAACCGUGAUCGGAAAAUCGAAAGCUCCUUCGGUAGCUCAAUUCUCGUCGAGAGGUCCAAGUUUCACUAAUCCAUCGAUUCUCAAACCGGAUGUCAUAGCUCCGGGAGUGAACAUCAUAGCUGCAUGGCCACAAAACCUCGGCCCAUCCGCCCUUCCUGAAGAUUCUAGAAGAGUGAAUUUCAGUAUCCUUUCCGGAACAUCCAUGUCAUGUCCUCACGUGGGUGGGAUCGCCGCCUUGCUUCACUCAGCCCACCCUGAAUGGACUUCAGCCGCCAUUAAAUCAGCAAUUAUGACUACAUCUGAAAUAACCGACCAUUUUGGAAAGCCGAUAAUGGAUGGAUAUAAACCAGCUGGAGUUUUUGCACUCGGAGCAGGACAUGUUAGCCCGUCGAGAGCGGUUAAUCCAGGCCUCGUUUAUGACAUCAAACCGGAUGAAUACUUGAUCCAUCUCUGCACACUCGGAUAUUCAAGAAUGGAGAUUUUCACUAUCACCCAUAGAAACAUUAGCUGUCAUGAGGCUUUACAGAAGAACAGGGGAUUCAGCUUGAAUUACCCGUCCAUUUCUGUAAUUCUGAAACCUGGAAUGAAAAGGAAGAUGAUCAAAAGAAGACUGACAAAUGUGGGUAGCCCGAAUUCUAGUUACUCGGUGGAAGUGACGGCACCUGAAGGAGUUAGAGUAAUAGUUAAGCCGAAGAGAUUGACUUUUGGAAAAAAAACAGAGAGCUUGAGUUACACAGUUUGGUUUCUGUCCAGAAAGAAGGCUGGAGAAGAAGAAGAAUUUGGUGAGGGACAGUUAAGUUGGGUGCAGUCUAGAAAUGGAAACAAUAACAAUAGGAUAAGAAGUCCUAUUUCGGUAACAUGGACAACAUCAAAUAAGUGAGUUUUUGUUUGUUUGUAUUAACUAGAAGAUGAUCCACUAGUUGUUUCUCAGUGGAUGGAUGGAUGACCAAUAAUAAUAAAAUUUAAGAUGAAAUCGAAAAGC